CGGGCCGCUCCCUGGAUGCCAGUACCGGCGACUAGACUGCGCAUGCGUGUCAGUGCCGUUUGCAGCGGACCGGGCUGGCAGUUCCUUCCUCGGAAGGAAAGAUUCCUGUGCCAUGGAGUCCUACGAUGUGAUCGCCAACCAGCCUGUUGUGAUCGACAACGGAUCCGGUGUGAUUAAAGCUGGUUUUGCUGGUGAUCAGAUCCCCAAAUACUGCUUUCCAAACUAUGUGGGCAGACCCAAACAUGUCCGUGUCAUGGCAGGAGCCCUCGAAGGCGACAUCUUCAUUGGCCCCAAAGCUGAGGAGCACCGAGGGCUGCUGUCGAUCCGCUACCCCAUGGAACAUGGCAUCGUCAAGGACUGGAAUGACAUGGAGCGCAUCUGGCAGUAUGUCUAUUCUAAGGACCAGUUGCAGACUUUCUCAGAGGAGCAUCCCGUGCUCCUGACUGAGGCACCUUUAAAUCCUCGGAAAAACCGGGAGCGAGCUGCAGAAGUUUUCUUCGAGACCUUCAACGUGCCAGCUCUCUUCAUCUCCAUGCAAGCUGUGCUUAGCCUUUAUGCCACAGGCAGGACCACAGGUGUGGUGUUGGAUUCUGGGGAUGGUGUCACCCAUGCAGUCCCAAUUUAUGAAGGCUUCGCCAUGCCUCACUCCAUCAUGCGCAUCGACAUUGCUGGCAGAGAUGUCUCUCGCUUCCUCCGCCUCUACCUACGCAAAGAGGGCUAUGAUUUCCACUCCUCCUCUGAGUUUGAGAUUGUCAAGGCCAUAAAGGAAAGAGCCUGUUACCUGUCCAUCAACCCCCAGAAGGACGAGACACUGGAGACCGAGAAGGCUCAGUACUACCUGCCCGAUGGCAGCACCAUUGAGAUCGGCCCUUCCAGGUUCCGGGCCCCUGAGUUGCUGUUCCGGCCAGACUUGAUUGGUGAGGAGAGUGAGGGUAUCCAUGAAGUGCUGGUGUUUGCCAUCCAGAAGUCUGACAUGGACUUACGGCGUACACUUUUUUCCAACAUUGUCCUCUCAGGAGGGUCUACCCUGUUCAAAGGUUUUGGGGACAGGCUACUGAGUGAAGUGAAGAAACUAGCUCCAAAAGACGUGAAAAUCAGGAUAUCUGCACCCCAGGAGAGGCUGUAUUCCACAUGGAUCGGAGGCUCUAUCCUUGCUUCCCUGGACACCUUUAAGAAGAUGUGGGUCUCCAAGAAGGAAUAUGAAGAAGAUGGUGCCCGAUCCAUCCACAGGAAAACCUUCUAAUGUCGCAACAUCACCACCUCUCUCUGGAGUUAACUCCACUUUAAAAACUCGCUUUCUUGAGUUGGGGUGUUUGAGAGGAACUGCCUGUGUGUGUGUGAGUGUGCGGUAUGGUAUGAGUGUGUGCGCAUAUGGAGUGCCGCGGGGCCCAGAGAUCCUGGGCCCACAAAGGACAUUGAACUACCCACAGUGGUGAUGGCCUGAGGCCUGGGGUUGACUACUAACUGCCCCCUUGCAAGGAAGAGCUCUGGCAGAGGCCCACUCCUUUCUCAGCUAGGCCUUUGGCUGGCUUUGAGGAACUACGGUUACUACCAUAGAGAGACCUUGCUGCUGCCAGUGUAGGCUGGGCUGGCCCCACUCCACCCACCCCACGGUGCCCUGAGGCCGAGGGAGCUGCUGUCUCCCCAUCAUCAUUCUGCUCUCCAUGCCUCUGGAUCAGACUGAGAACUGGGGCCUGGGGUUAUGUUCUGUCUGGUUGUGUUUCCUUUUGGGUUUGGGAGACUGAAAAUCACUCUAGCAGUGCUUAGAGACUGGGUUCAGGAGAGGGCAGGGUACACUCAUGUCUACCUGGGACCACACUGGGCAUCUGAGGACAGGAGACAGCUGCAGGGUUAACUUACAAGCCCCAGCCACAUCCAGGGGUCUUGGGAGACCAUGAGGACCUGUUGGCUCCAGGUCCUGUUAUUUGCUUCUCAUACAUCAUUGUUUUGAUGCCGUCAUCACAGUUUUAUUUAUUGAAGUGUUUAUUCAGAAAGGGGGCUGCAGAGAGAGCUUACCGGCUCCUGCACCGGUCGCCUUGCUUAUGUUUACAGCACCUAGGCUUUCCAUAGCAUCCAGGGCCCUGUCAUUCCCUGCUGACGGUGAGCUGACAGUAUUCAUAGGCCUCAGGACCCUGCAGAUUGGAGGCUGCACACAAGGGCACCCCAACCAGCCUCUUCCUUUUCCUUCCUCCACUUGCUCACUGCCCUGGAACCAACAGGCUGGCUGUGGUUGGAAUUUCAAAGACAGGAGCUGGCAUCACUCUUUGACAGAGGCCCCUUGCGAGGGAGGUGUGUUGGAGAUCUAGACCCUUUAAAACUAAGAAAGCUGCAGUUAACCACGUUGCCUUUUGCUGCUCUAGCUGACCAAGGGACUAAGUUAAAGUGGCAAGGAGGCCCCUUCUGGGUUGGUCAAAGCCACUCCUGACUUUGGACCUGUGUAGGAAUGGAGAGAAGGGGCCAGACCAAAGUGCCAAGAUCUGAUAGGCUCAAGCCUGGCUCUCAGAAGCGGUCCAAGGGCCUUUGUAUCCACACAGUACAAAGCUAAGGUGAGCCUGUCCUUCCUGGCACCCUCACCAGAUACCAAAUCCCACCUCAGUUCCAGAUUGCAGACAGUAUUCUCUCUCCACCGUCCUAUGAUCAAAGGCCCCUGCCAGAUGUGAGCCGAAGCUGGUGUGUGUGAAGUCAGUGUGGCAACCCAUAGACUGCAGUGCGCUUAGCCAGCUCACCACCUCUCUCCGCCCAAGCCUGUCCUUUGCACAGCCUCACAAAGCCACGUUGCCUGGUGGGGCCCAGUGUACUUAAAUAAAGUCAUUCUGAUAGAUCUGUCA